CCUCAUAACAUGCUAUCCACUCUCUUACUGCAGAGUUUUAUAAAUGGACACUGACAUGGACUACGAAAGACCCAACGUUGAAACCAUCAAGUGUGUUGUUGUGGGAGACAACGCUGUGGGGAAGACUCGCCUGAUCUGUGCCAGAGCAUGUAACACCACGCUGACACAGUAUCAGCUGCUGGCCACACACGUACCAACUGUGUGGGCAAUUGACCAGUACCGGGUCUGUCAGGAGGUCUUGGAGCGUUCCCGGGAUGUUGUUGAUGAAGUGAGUGUUUCUCUCAGGCUUUGGGAUACUUUUGGUGAUCAUCACAAAGACAGGCGUUUUGCAUAUGGCAGGUAAACCCAGAUGAGUGUGGUGUGGUUGAACUUGAGUGCAGUUUCCUUUCCAAACCCUGCAGCUGUGUCAUAAACCAAAAAUAAACAAACAAAAAAAAAAAAAAAAAA